AUGGAGUUAAGAAAUACAAAGGGUUCACUCCCUUCACUUUCCUCUCCCCUCCUCUCAUACCCAUCGCUGCUCCAAGCGCCGGCGACCCUGAUCUCCUCCCCCAACCACCGGAGGCGCGCAGGGCCGUGGGGGGGGGGGGGGGGGACGGAAGCGACGGGGAGCCCCUCCAUCGCCUCUGCCCGCCGCUGCGAAUCUGUCACCGUUGUGUCCCACAUGGAAUCUGUGGCUACUCUUAUGGAGUCUACAAGCUCUAAGUUACAGCAGCUUCAGCGGGCGUUUGCUGAGCUUGAGAGCCAGAGUGCUGUUUCCAUGAACCUGAAGUGGAAGCAGCUCGAGGACCAUUUUCAUGGGCUUGAGCAGUCGCUCAAGAAUAAGUUUGACGAGCUGAAACAGCAGGAGAAGGAGUUCAAGGAGACAAUUGUGAAAUCCGAGCAGAUGCUGGUGCAGCGGGAGGCCGCUGUUACAGCUAAGGAACUGACUUCGAUGAAAAGGUUGCAGGAGAAAAGAGACGCUGCUUUAGCAAUGAUAUUUGGGAAGUCCAAGCUUUCCUUACCUGUUCCUGCCAUCAACCCAAUGAACACAGCAUUGAAUAAUCUUGGUGUGAAGUUGCCUAAAACUGCUUCUGAAGAGAGUGCACACCUGCAACGUGACAAUGCUGCUGUGAAGCCUCCUUCUGAACUUGCUGCCCUCUGUGAAGAAAUGAAUGUUGAUGAGCUUCAUAAGUUCAUUUCAGACAAUCGGAAGAACUUGGCAAUCAUACGAGAGGAGAUCCCAGUUGCACUAAGGAGAGCAUCCGAUCCGUAUGGCUUGGUGUUGGAUUCUCUGCAAGGCUUUUAUUCUGGAGAGAAUCUAGUACUAGAUGGAAAAAAGGAUGGAAACCUUCUGGGUCUAAGAAGAACGUGCCUCUUGUUGAUGGAGUCGCUUGGACAGCUCCAAACUGAUGCUAUAACUAGUUGCAUAUCUGAGGGCCAAAUGCUUACAGGAAAUAUCAAAGAGCGUGCAAAAAGUAUUGCAUUGGAGUGGAAAUCCAAGCUGGAUAGCCCUGACAUUGAUGAUAGCAAUGGGAAUUGUCUGGAAGCACAUGCUUUUCUUCAACUCCUGGCAACCUUUGGUAUUUUUGGUGAAUUUGAGGAAGAUGAUCUGUGCAAGCUACUUCCCUCUGUCAGUCGCCGUCGCCAAACUCCCGAGCUUUGUCGAUUACUAGGGUUGUCACAGAAGAUGCCAGGUGUCAUUGGAGUUCUGGUGGACAGUGGUAGACCAAUUGAUGCAAUUAAUUUGGCUUAUGCCUUUGAGCUGACAGAUCAGUUUGAACCAGUGCAAUUAUUGAAAGCUUAUCUGAAGGAAGUCAAGAGCAUGUCAACUGUCAAGAAUGGAAAGGUACAUCCUGGAUUACAGAAUGAAAUGAAUGAACGUGAGCUAUCUGCCUUGAAAGCUGUCAUCAAGUGCAUUGAGGAGCACAAGCUCGACGAACAAUACCCCAUUGAUCCUCUUCAGAAAAGGGUGGCCCAGCUGGAGAAAGCCAAGGCAGACAAGAGGAGAGCUGUUGAAGCAGCAAAGCCACAGUCCAAGAGGCCUCGUGCCAAUGGAUCAGUCUACGCACCCUGUAUUACCAGCUUUCCUGACAGAAGCUUCUAUCAGGCAACACCAGCAGAGAGGCACCCCUACCCUUAUGAGAGGCAGAUUGUGUACGGUGCGGAGGCCCAUCAUCCUACGAUUAUAAGCCCACCCCCCUACACCAUAUCACCUGCCUACACACCAUAUUAUGGUAAUGGCUAUCCGGUCCAGUACCAGGUACCUUAUAUGCACUAAAUACUAAUGGAGAGAGCUAAGUGCAGGUGCUCUUUCUUAACUGUUUAGCCUUUAACCUGCUGCGUUGUAGUUGUAUCAGUCAACUAGGUAGUUUGCCUAGCUGAAAAAUAGUCAGACCGCUCCGUGUGUGUACUGAGUGUCCAUUGUGAAAAUCUGUUAAUUUUGCGUCCUUGUGACUUAUGACAUAAUUUACACCUAAUGUUUAGUUAUGAUGAAUCUGCUCAUGUUCUACA